AUGUGUCGCAAUACAAAACGCUGCCGAAUCUGUCGAAAGCAACACCACACAACGUUGCACGCACCGAACAGCAACAGCGAUACCGUCGCGAACAUAACUCCCGCAGCGUCCAUCUCAGCGGCUCAACCAACCGCUCACGCAAGUACUCUUCAAGAAGCAAAGCACACUAACCAGCUCAACAUCAACCAACCCCAAGACUAUCAAGCUUCAAGCCAUCUCUCGCAAUCAAGAACCAGGCGUCGCGCCCCUGCUCUGUUAGCUACCGCCGUAGUAAGAGUUCUAUCUCGACACGAUCAAUCAUCGCAACUUCGAGCGUUACUAGACCAAGGAUCAGAAGUGUCAUUCAUCUCUGAAUCCGCUGCUCAAUCACUAAAGCUCCCGCGUCGCUCCGCGGCUAUCCCAAUUGUCGGUAUCGGUGCUCAACGAAACAGCGUUUCAAACGGCAUCGUACAACUCCGUAUCGCCUCACUGUAUGAUUCAUCGAUCUAUUUCGAAAUUGACGCUCUCGUUUUACCGAAAUUGACGGCAUAUAUUCCACCCGCUCAACUCGAAUAUAAACAGUGGCCGCAUAUUCAAAAUCUUCAGCUCGCGGAUCCAAACUUCGCCACGCCCGGAAAGAUUGACCUAGUACUCGGAUCAAUAGUUUAUGCUCAAGUCCUCAAACAAGGUCUUUGCCGCGGACCUAUCGGAGCACCCAUUGCUCAAAACACAGCUUUUGGGUGGAUUUUAUCAGGCCCGCUUUCAACUAGUGAAGCCUCCAUCGAAGACGACUACUCUCUCAAUGGAAUGCAAUGCUCGCUUGACUCCGAACUGCUCGAUCUCUUACAACGCUUCUGGUCUCAAGAAGAAAUAAUCCCUCGACCUCACGCCAGAAGAAUCUCAAUGCGAAACUCAUUUCGAAUCGACUCACUCUCGCGACAUACAAGGACGAUUCGUGGUUCGGCUCCCUCUCAAAAGGAACAUAAGUGA